AUGAUCGCAGCCCAGGCCAAGCUGGUGUACCAUCUGAAUAAAUACUACAAUGAAAAAUGCCAAGCCAGGAAAGCUGCCAUUGCGAAAACUAUCCGGGAAGUCUGCAAAGUAGUUUCCGACGUGCUUAAAGAAGUGGAAGUGCAGGAGCCCCGGUUCAUCAGCUCCCUCAACGAGAUGGACAAUCGCUACGAGGGCCUCGAGGUCAUCUCCCCCACCGAAUUCGAGGUGGUGCUUUACCUGAACCAAAUGGGGGUGUUCAACUUUGUGGACGACGGCUCGCUGCCCGGCUGUGCCGUGCUGAAGCUGAGCGACGGGCGCAAGAGGAGCAUGUCCCUCUGGGUGGAAUUCAUUACCGCCUCCGGCUACCUCUCGGCGCGCAAAAUCCGGUCCAGGUUUCAGACGCUGGUGGCUCAAGCCGUAGACAAAUGUAGCUACAGGGAUGUGGUAAAGAUGGUGGCGGACACCAGCGAAGUGAAACUGCGAAUCCGAGAUAGGUACGUGGUGCAGAUCACCCCGGCUUUUAAAUGUACGGGGAUCUGGCCGAGGAGUGCUGCCCACUGGCCUCUCCCCCACAUCCCCUGGCCGGGACCCAACCGGGUGGCAGAGGUCAAGGCAGAAGGGUUCAAUCUCUUGUCCAAGGAGUGCCACUCCCUGGCCGGCAAACAGAGCUCGGCCGAGAGCGACGCCUGGGUGCUGCAGUUCGCCGAAGCAGAGAACAGACUGCAGAUGGGGGGCUGCCGGAAGAAAUGCCUCUCCAUCCUCAAAACCUUACGGGAUCGCCACCUAGAACUGCCAGGCCAGCCCCUGAACAAUUACCACAUGAAGACUCUGGUUUCCUACGAGUGUGAAAAGCACCCCCGGGAGUCGGACUGGGACGAGUCUUGCCUGGGUGAUCGGCUUAACGGGAUUUUGCUGCAACUUAUCUCCUGCCUGCAGUGCCGGCGGUGUCCUCACUACUUCCUACCGAACCUAGAUCUGUUUCAAGGCAAACCUCACUCGGCUCUGGAGAAUGCUGCCAAACAAACGUGGCGACUGGCAAGAGAGAUCCUGACCAACCCGAAAAGUUUGGAAAAACUUUAG